AUUAAGGUUAUUGCUGGGCUGCAGUUGGCAAAGAAGGAUAUUUUUGGCGCCAGUGACCCGUACGUGCGCAUUGACGUAAACCAGAUCAACGGCGACGCAACCGUCCUGUCCAAGUUCACCAAAACGAAGAAGCGGACGCUCAAUCCGAAAUGGAACGAGGAGUUUAUCCUGCGCGUGAAACCGACCGAACACAAGCUGGUACUGCAGGUGUUCGACGAGAACCGUCUAACGCGGGAUGAUUUUCUUGGCAUGGUCGAGAUAUCGCUCGAACAGUUGCCAAAGGAACGGCCCGGCCUUGAAAUUCCGGUUCAGAAUUACCCACUGCGACCGCGCAGGUCAGUUCGCGCUCGCUCAAACGUACGGGGUGAUCUACAACUCUACCAUGCGUUUAUCGUCGAUCAGUACCCGAACGAGACGGACUGGGAGAUGAUUGAAUCGAAUCCGGUCACCAGCACGACACGUACCUCCACCAGCAAUGGUACCACCAGCGAAUUGCCGCAGGGCUGGGAAGAACGUCAGGAUGCGAAUGGGCGCACUUACUAUGUCAAUCACGUAGCCCGAUCCACCCAGUGGGAAAGACCCACGGCAGUGCCUAUGGAAACAAUUGCGGAAAGCGAUAUGGAUGUAGCAUUCCAGCGUCGCGUGCAUAUUAGUGUAGACGAUAGUGCAACGGGGAGGGAUUCAAACCAUGGUAGCAAUACCAUCAACAACAACGACACCAGCGACGAUCGAUCGUCGACACGAUCGUCGUCAACCUCCAACGAUAACGAUUCCACUGGCAGUAGCCCAUCGGGCGGAGGUGGCAGCUCGACAAUGCUACCGACCGGCUGGUCGAUGCAGCUUGCGCCGAAUGGUCGUGUGUUCUUUAUCGAUCACAACGAGCGCAAAACGUCGUGGGUGGAUCCGCGGACGGGUCGUGCCAGUCCGAUGCCGACUAGUCAGGGUGCUACGGCGCUGAGCGAUGUCCGGCGUCCGGAGGAUGGGCUUGCGCCAUUACCGGAAGGCUGGGAAGAGCGGGUCCACAGCGAUGGUCGGAUUUUCUUUAUCGAUCACAACACCAGGACCACGCAGUGGGAAGAUCCACGACUGUCUAUUCCGACGAUCGCCGGGCAGGCUGUUCCUUACUCGCGCGACUACAAGCGCAAGUACGAGUACCUAAAAACGCAGCUGAGAAAACCGCAAAACGUACCGAACAAGAUUGAAAUUAAAGUGCGCCGAGCGUCCAUCAUGGAGGAUUCCUACCGGAUUAUUAACUCCGUCACGCGGCUGGAUCUGCUGAAGACUAAGCUGUGGAUAGAGUUUGAGGGCGAAGCAGGGCUGGAUUACGGUGGUUUAGCACGCGAAUGGUUCUAUCUGCUUUCGAAGGAAAUGUUUAACCCGUACUAUGGACUGUUCGAGUACUCGGCUAUGGAUAACUACACGCUGCAGAUAAACCCAUACAGUGAGCUCUGUAACGAAGAUCAUUUGCUGUACUUUAGAUUUAUUGGUCGCAUCGCCGGUAUGGCCGUGUAUCACGGUAAGCUGCUCGAUGCGUUCUUUAUCCGGCCAUUCUACAAAAUGAUGCUGCAGAAACCCAUCGAUCUGAAAGACAUGGAGGCGGUUGAUACGGAGUACUAUAACUCGCUCGUCUGGAUCAAGGAAAACGAUCCGAGCGAGCUGAUGUUGACGUUCUGCGUGGACGAGGAAACGUUCGGACAGACGACUCAGCACGAGCUGCUACCGAACGGGGCCGAUAUUGACGUGACCAAUGAGAACAAGGACGAGUACAUUCGGCUCGUCAUACAGUGGAGGUUCGUGUCGCGCGUCCAAGUGCAGAUGCAAGCGUUCUUGGACGGGUUCGGCUCGCUGGUGCCGCUUAACCUGCUAAAAAUCUUCGACGAACAUGAGCUGGAGCUGUUAAUGUGCGGCAUCCAGAAUAUCGAUUUGCGCGAUUGGAAGCGGAACACACUCUACAAGGGUGACUAUUACCCGAAUCAUGUCGUGAUUCAGUGGUUCUGGCGUGCCGUCCUGUCGUUCUCGAAUGAGAUGCGUGCCCGGUUGUUGCAGUUUGUUACCGGCACAUCACGCGUUCCGAUGAACGGUUUCAAAGAGCUAUACGGGUCAAACGGACCGCAGAUGUUUACCAUCGAGAAAUGGGGAACACCAGAGAAUUAUCCGCGGGCACACACCUGUUUCAACCGACUGGACUUGCCACCAUAUGAAAGUUAUAUGCAGCUGAAGGAACGGCUCAUUCAGGCUGUGGAAGGAAGCCAAGGGUUCGCGGGCGUUGACUAG